AUGCCCGGCUUGGGCAUUUGCGAGAAUCCGAGCGAAUCUUUUGGAAUGCCUGCGUGGGAUAUCUUCUCACAUACGGCGAUGCUUGCCGCAUUUGUAAAUGCGAAGUGUUUCGAUAAUGCGAAGGUUUUGUUUGAUGACAUGCCGGAGUGGGACGUGGUUUGCUGCAACACUCUAAUGGCAGCAAAUGAAAGCUACGAUCAGGCAAAAGAUUUGUUUGAUUCGUUGCGCGAAUGGGCACUGGUGUCAUACAACACCAUUCUAAAAACAUUAUCGAGAACAUUAAAAGCUUGUGAUGCAAAGAGCUUCAAAGAGCAAAGAGAUUCUAUGCCUGCCAGAGAUAUGUUCUCGUGGAAUGUCCUUUUGAUAACUUACGCCCAAAGUGGGUAUCUUGGUCAUGCAAAAUCUUUGUUUUCAGGCAUGAAAGUGCACGACUCAGUGGCUUGUAACACAAUGCUGCUUUCGUAUGUAAUCCAUGGCGUUGUAGAGGAAUCUACUGUACUUGUCAGCUCCAUGCCGUGCUGGGAUUCCGUCACUUGGAAUAACAUGGUUUUGGCAUAUACCCAAAAAGGGCAUCUUGAAGAUGCCAUUAGAGCUGUGCUUGUUAGAGCUCCAAAGCUUAGCUCUGUUUCGUGGAAUAUAAUGGUGGCGGAAAAUGCGAAAGUUGGCGAGGUUUUGAGAUUGGUACACAUGAUGGUGGUGGAGGGAGUCGAGCCUGAGAAUAUGACGCUCCUUUCCAUCUUGGUUGGAUGCAACCAUGGCGGCGAUGUCUACACCGCUUGGAAAUACUUGCAACCCCAGUCUGGUCCUGAGCUCGUCAAAACCCCGACUACGUCGCCACCGACAUCCGAAGCGAGAGCAACUUCCUUUCUUGACUAA